AUGAACGCCAUUUCACAUUGGAACUUGGAGGGGAACAACCGUUCGCGAUUUCGGGCAUGCGCUACUCUGGUGCAUCUAUGGAACAAUGGACAGGUCCAGCAGUCGUCAGCCAGGUCGGGCACAGACGACAACGACACGUUGGAAGAUGAGCCUAGUGAUGACGCGGACUCCGCCAGCCCCGACGUGAUUACCUUUUUUGACGAGAAGGCUUUGAAAGACACUCUGCUUGAUCGUGUAGCCGAGGUUGCGUCGAACGCCAAGGGUGGUCGUUAUGUUGCCGCGAGUGUCAUGCAGACGGGAAACGGAGCGAUCGAAAUGAUCAUUGCACGUAAUGAUGGGUUUCACUCGUCCGAUGAAAUAUUCUUCCGGGAUCUCGAAUUGAUGGUUCGCCACAUCGCGACGCAUGGUGGUAAGGACAUCCCAUCGGUCUCUGCGACAUAA